GCAUACAUCAAAUGUAAUAUAAGAUAUAAAAAAUGACUAAAUCCCUUUUCAUUGCAAAUGUAUUUUAUAUUCAACUUUUCAAGUCGUUAUCAAACAGCGACGGUAUUACGGAAAAGAAAGGCUCGUUUUUAACAGAAAAUUGCAGAUUGCUGGAAAGAAACAUGUCUGGGAGUUUCUAUUUUGUCAUGGUUGGGCAUCAUGAUAAUCCUGUCUUUGAAAUGGAAUUCUUGCCUGCUGGUAAAGCUGAGUCAAAGGAUGACCACCGGCAUCUGAACCAGUUCAUUGCGCAUGCAGCCCUCGACUUGGUGGAUGAAAACAUGUGGCUGUCUAACAACAUGUACCUGAAAACUGUGGACAAGUUCAACGAGUGGUUCGUCUCUGCCUUUGUCACUGCAGGACAUAUGAGAUUCAUCAUGCUUCAUGAUGUACGACAAGAAGACGGAAUCAAAAACUUCUUCAAUGACGUGUAUGAUUUAUACAUUAAGUUUGCAAUGAAUCCUUUCUAUGAAACCAAUGCUCCAAUCCGGUCGACGGCAUUUGACAGGAAAGUGCAGUUCCUUGGAAAGAAGCACCUCUUGAGCUGAUGAACUAACCUGAACAACAUGGUUGUGUAGCUUUUUUUAAUGUCUUCAUUGUGUGCAGUUUCCAGUUGAAAUAUGUUUUAAGACAUAUACAUAAUUUACAAAUAAUUUGUAUAUGAUCACCUGUUGUAUGUCUUAUAAUUUCAGUAUGUAUUACUGAUACUUUCCAACCACUGUAUAAAAGCUAUUGUAAGCAUGGAACAUUGUUGCAUAUAGAACUAUGCAAACUAUAAUGGUAGUCAUUACAUUACAUAGUCAUUACAUAGUCAUUACAAUAAUGGAAUAAUGGUUUGGGCCAGAUCCCUUAGUUCCAGAGAAGAUAAAUCUUAAUGCUACAGCAUACAAUGACAUUCUAGACAAUUCUGUGCUUCCAACUUUGUGGCAACAGUUUGGGAUAGGCCAUUUCCUGUUUCAUCAUGACCAACUCCAUAUUAAUGACCAUGAUUUUGGAACGAGAUGUUCGACGAUCAGGUGUUCACCUACUUUCGGUAAUGUAGUGUAUGUGUGAGUGUCACCAGAAUUUUGUUUCCAAGUUUGAUAAUAAUGACAAGGUUUGUAUGAGGUUUUCUGAACUUGAAUGAGCUUGUUAAACACUAGCCCAUUCAAAAGACGGUAAUGUUAAAUAUUCACAAAGCUGUCUGCCGCCUUAGGGGAAUUCUCUGGCGCUGCCCAAAUGCUCUGUGCAAAUGCAACUAUGCCCUGCACACAAUAGUUUUGGAAACAUUUGCUACCAUACUUUCAUAUAAGCGAGAAAUAAUUUUUCAAACACAAAACACUUAACGUACGCAGUUCAGGAAAGUUGCACCCGGCUGUAUUUUGUGGAACACUCGAAAUCUGGAGUGCCAUGUGCCGUAGCCGGCUGCAACUUUGCUAAACUGCGCAGAGUAAGUGUACUUUUUUGUAUUUGCAAGAUUCUUUCUUGCUUGUAUGAAAGUUAAGUUCCAAAGGUUUCCAAAAACGCAUUGCAAGUGAGGCGCAUUUGCGUUUAAACAGAGCGUCUGGAUUGUAGUUCACAUGGAGGCAGCUGUGGUCCGUACCAUUGGCUGAGAAGCCAAAAGGGUAGCCAACUGUAAGCUGGUUAUACACCCCCUUGGGUUCUUGAGAGCUAGUUAAAUCGAUGUAAAUGUGGCUAAGUUUACACAGGUAGCCCAUUUCUGAUGAGAUCUCCUCUGAUUGGUCAAAAGACCCAUUGUUGGCAGAAUAUCAGAAUUAGGCUGCCGGUGUAAACUAAGCCAUUCAUUCCUGAGGUUUGUGAAAUGCUCUGACUCACUGUCCUGUUUCUCUGAUUAAAUACUAUCAUUAACAUAA